AAGAUAAUCUCGGAGACAAAUUAACAAAUGUCUCAUUAUGCGAGUAACAUUAGUGCAACAUGAAAAUAAACACGAAGCUCCUACCCAUUAAAUUACACUAUUUCUUUUUUAUGGCCGCUGUAGGUCCAAUCCUCCCCCAACUGCCCCUUUUCGGGAAAGAUCUGGGCAUUUCCCCGGUGGUCAUGGGCACAGUAACCGGGAUCUUACCCUUCACAUUUUUACUAACAAAACCAAUUUUCGGCUUGGCAGUGGACGUUUGGAGAAACCAACGAAAAACAAUUUUCGUACUUGUGAUAAUCUUGAUGACUCUCUCUUUUGGCGCUUUAUAUUUUCUCAAAUUACCAUCAACAGUCACGUUUUACUUCCAAUUUUCGGAAAACACCCACCUGGAUUCGUGCCCAAACGCUACGAUUUCGGUAGUUUGCAAUUCGAGUUGUUUGACAAAACCGACUAAUUUUGUGGCGAGUGUAAUUGCGCCUCGGGCUUUUAAAAUUUGUGCUUUACCAGUUAGCGAGUUGAUUUGGUCUAAAAACUCGACUUGUGAAUUUAUUUGUACCGGGGAAUCGGACUUGAAUAAUUCCGAAUUGUUCACUUUUUGGAGCUUUAUUAUGCUCAUGUCUGUGGGGACAAUAGGUUUCAAUAUUGUUAAUUCGAUCAGCGACGCUAUUUGUUUCGACGUUGUUGACGAUCAAAAUCUUUACGGCAAGCAACGACUUUGGGGAUCAAUCGGGUUUGGAGCCACUGGAUUAAUAGCAGGAUAUGCUGUUGAUUUGUUUUCCAAAAAUCACACAAAUUACGCCGCAGCUUACGUAACAAUGCUUAUUUGUUCAAUGUUUGAUUUACUGGUAUGUUUUAAAUUGAAAUUACCGGUCAUUGAGGCCCCCAAAAACAUAUUCAAAGACUUGAAGGUGUUACUAACUGAUCGAUACGUGAAAACUUUUAUCGUAUUCACAGUUUUUGUGGGAAUGUUGGAUGGUGUAAUAAUUUAUUUCCUCUUUUGGUACUUGGAAGAUUUAGCAAAAGAAACACACACCACAAAUGUGAAACUAAUCGAGGGUUUAAUCCUCGCAGCUGCUUGUUUAGGCGCUGAAGUCAUAUUCUUUUCAAUAUCAGGAAAAAUUCUAAAACGUUUGGGACACGUCCACUGCUUCACUUUGUGCUUUUUUAAUUACAGUUUACGACUGGGGUUGAUAGCUUUGGUCUCCAAUCCUUGGUGGGUCCUUCCAAUUGAAUUUUUGUUACAAGGGCCCACUUUUGCGCUAACUUAUACUGUGAUAGUGGCUUAUGCUAACGAAAUAGCCCCUGCAGGAAUGUCCGCUACGAUGCAAGGAAUCGCAGCUGGAAUGGGAGACGGCACUGGUUAUGCAUUGGGGAGUGUCCUCGGUGGUGUGCUUUACCGGUUUUGGGGCGGAAGAGUGACUUUUGUGGCCUUUAUGGCCUUUGGAGCGGCAUGUGGAGUGCUUCAUUGUGUGUUUCAUAAAACUGUUUUGAGAUGUGAUAAUGGGAAAAAAGCCGGUUAUGAAAUUCUAGACUGAUUAUUUUUUAUAUGUAUGUGAAUAAAGAAAAUCGCGCUAAA